AUGGAAAGUGAAGAAUGGUUGAGUGGGUUAGAAAUAAAUAGAAAUAGUGAAAUAACUGCAUAUGAGAUACAAGAGCAUAAAAAAAUAAACGAAGCAGAAAGAAAAGAAAAUCAAGUAGGAGUUGAAGAAAUAGAUAAAGAGAUACAUCAAGAAAGACCAGAACAUGAAGAAGAAAUAGAACAACAGGACGAAGUGAACCAAGAAGUUGAUGAAGAGAUAGAUGGCGAAGUACAUCAAGAAAGACCAAAACAUGAAGAUAAAAUAGAACAAGAACAACACGAAGUAAGCCAAGAAGUUGAUGAAGAGAUAGAUGGAAAAGUACAUCAAGAAAGACCAGAACAUGAAGAAGAAAUAGAACAAGAACAACAAGACGAAGUAAACAAAGAAGUUGAUGAAGAAAUAGAACAACGAGAAAGGCGAGAAGAAGAAGUUAACCAAGAAAGAGCUGAAGAAAUGAUACAACAAGAAUGUCCAGGUCAAAGAGCGAAAAACCAAGCGAUAAGACAACAGGGAAUUCCAAAUCAUGCUACAAACAUGAAUAUUUUUACAUCCCGAAAUUUACAACUUGAUAAUGCUGCACUUCUGGAUAUUGAAAAGUGGUGGUUACAAAAACCCACCGUUUAA